CUGAGCGGAUCUGCGUUCAAUGAUCAUCGAGUGGACAGGUUUUUGUUGUUCUCUUUGUUCUCGUUGUCCUCUGCCAUACAUACAUAUACAUAAAUAAAUAAAUAUAAAAUACCGCAUGCAGACUUUUACGACUGAACUGAAUUUCGGAAUGGAAGAGUCAAACAGGGCAGAGCUCAUGGACGUCUGCGAGUCAAUCAUGGAGCGAAAGAGACACGACAGCGAGCAGUCGUCCUGCAGCGCGCUGGAAUACAACGACCUGGAGGCUGCUGAGGCUCUGGUGUUCAUGAGCGCCUGGGUUCAGAAGUCACACAGGCUGGAGCCCUGCAAGGCCCGACCCUUGACCCCUGCCUCAGACUCCUGCGACUCCCUCCCACAUCCAGACCCUGCAGAGCCCCCCAAGGACUUCGUCUCGCUAUCCUCGCUGUGCAUGACACCCCCUCAUAGUCCCAGCUUUUCCGAGGUCACCACCACCACCGCCACCACCACUUUGACCAGCUCCUGCACGGCACCCUGCAGGUCCAUUUCCACCAGCGUCAUACGCCACACAGCUGACAGCCUCCCCCAUCAGCCAUCACCACCCUACACCGCAAGCGAGGCACCCGUCAGUCAGCGGAAGCUGGAAAUCCGGGACUCCUGCUCCACGACCCCGUCACCUCCCCCUGCCCUCUCCUCAACUGCCCCGCCCUCACAGACAGAUUCAAAGAGCAAACAGCUCUUGUGCAGCAGCACUGGAGGAAACUGCACAGCCACACCCACUCCCCUGUCUCCGCCCCCCACCUCAAGUCCGCCAAUCAUCUGCCAGAUGUUGCCUAUGAACACUCAGCCGGGGAUGAUCUCCGCAAUCAUCCAGACCCCCGUGCAGACGGCAGCGCCCGGGAUGAAAUCCAUCCUACCGCAGACGGCCACCUUCUCGCAGCCAUUCCUUAUGGGAGCCCCGCUGGCCCAGGGCGCAGUGAUGUUUGUGGUGCCGCAGUCACCCGUGUCCCAGCCCCCUCAGUGUCCCCAGACCGUCAUGACCCUCGGUCACCCCAAGCUCCUACCUCUGGCUCCCGCUCCGGUAUACGUGCCCUCGGGUCAGAGCGGCAACUCGCAGGUGGACUUUUCCCGCCGUCGGAACUACGUCUGCAACUUCCCCGGCUGUCGGAAGACCUACUUCAAGAGCUCGCACCUCAAGGCACAUCUUAGAACUCACACAGGGGAGAAGCCCUUCAGCUGCAACUGGGACGACUGCGACAAGAAGUUUGCGCGCUCCGACGAGCUGUCCCGCCAUCGGCGCACGCACACGGGCGAGAAGAAGUUCGUGUGUCCCGUGUGCGACCGGCGCUUCAUGCGCAGCGACCACCUGACCAAACACGCGCGCCGACACAUGACCACCAAGAAGAUGCCGAGCUGGCAGGCCGAGGUCCGCAACCUCAACAAAAUGGCUGUGGCCAAGGCGCCUCCCCCGAGCGGCGCCGUCCCCCUCGGCGUGCUCGCGAGCCCCCCCAAGUAGCCGACCCAUUCCAGCCGAUCAGCUGCCUCAGGACUUCUCACAAAACUACAACAACGAGGGAAGAUGACAAAAGCUGCUAAGUAGCUCAUGGGAAAAAAAUGCCAAAAUGCACUGGACAUUCUCUUUUGCUUUAUUCUUUAAUUUGUUUUUUUUUUUUUCCUGCAAAAGAAUUUGUUUACUUCCAUAUCUUACGAAAUGUAUGCACUCUGCCAAAGCCUUUAUAUGAAGUUAGUCCAUAAUUAUGUGUGUUUAUUUGUACCUGUGUGUGCGUGUGUCUGUGUCAGUGUAUAUAACUGACUCUUUGGUGUACUCAGAAUGGCAUUUCUUUUAUAGAAAAACGUAUUGAUUCGUUGAUUCUCUAAGUGGACAGUAAUUCUACACUGUGACUGAUGAAUUA